AUGGAAUUACCAUCAUCAUCGAGUAAAUACAAAGCAUGGAGUUUUGAGGAAAACAAGCUGUUUGAAAAUUGUAUAGCAAUGGAAUACGUUAGUUCGGACGAGUUCGACUGGUGGACGCCAAUCGCUAACGUAUUUUUCAGAGGCACAAGAACACCGGAUGAGAUUAAGAAUCACUACAAUCAGCUUGUGUUCGAUGUGAACGAGAUCGAAAAUGGUAGGUUUUGCAUACCCAAGUACAAGGAUGACAAGGUCGACAACUACAAUAAUGGUCACGAUAACUUCAUCUACAAGAAAAAGAAAAUUAGAUAUACUCAAUGGUCUAAAGAUGAACACAGGUUAUUUGUGAUCGGUGCAAUGAUUUAUGGAGGAGGUGAUUGGAGAAGUAUAUCAAGGAUGGUUGUGAAAACAAGGUCUCCAAUCCAAGUAGCUAGCCACGCCCAAAAGUUUUACGAUAGGAAAAAACAUCCAAAAAACACUAAGAGGGCUAGCAUCCAUGACAUUACUACGGUUGAUCACGAUACCACGCUCGAUCUCUGCCAAAGAAAUCUUAUUGAUCUUCAAACUUUCCAGAGUUAUAUAGCGAAACUUGCAGAGCAAGACCAAGCCACAGGUGAACAAGGACGACAUUAA